AAAUAUACUAACGACGGGCAUAUAUGUAUCAAUAUUUUUAUAGUUCAGGAUAUACAUUUUUUUCUUGUUUCCAAAACCCUUGCCCCCAAAUAGAGGAAAAAACAGAGGAAGUUUCUUCAUUGCGCAGAAGGAGGAAAGAGAGUCGUUUUGUUUUCAGCUGUUGUAGUCAAUCUUCAAUGGCGAACGCGGAGGUAGAGGCGGUGGACUUCGAGCCAGAGGAAGACGAUCUGAUGGACGAAGACGUGGAUGCUUCGUCGUCUCCUAGGGCUACAACAAUUCCUAAGCUCAAAUCAGCUAUCACUGGUGGCUCAUCCUCCGCUCCUAAGAAGACUAAGGGGCGUGGUUUCCUUGAAGAAGCCGCUGAGGCUGAUCGUAAUGCCCGCAUGUCUGCCCGCUUUGAUUCUCUCGAUUCUCAUGGCGGUCCUGGUCCUGAACGAUCCAUUGAAGGGUGGAUUGUUUUAGUUACUGGGGUUAAUGAGGAGACACAAGAAGAACAUCUUCAUGAUGAGUUUGGUGAGUUUGGAGAAAUCAAGAAUUUGCAUUUGAAUCUGGAUCGUCGGACUGGAUUUGUCAAGGGAUAUGCAUUCAUUGAAUAUGAAAACUUUGAAGAAGCACAAAGAGCUAUAAAUGAAAAGGAUGGAUCUGAGUUUCUCACACAGAUUAUACAUGUUGAUUGGGCAUUCAGCAGAGGUCCUUUCAAGAGGAGGAAUGCUAGGAGGAGAUCACCACCACGUAGUCAUCGUUCUAGAAGUCCCAGGCGGAGAUUCUAAUCAGUAUGCAAAUGCAAUGGUCAGGAGGCUUACUUGCAGUUUUUCCCAACUUUUUGGAUCCUGUCCUUAAUUAUGUGUAGGGUAUCUACCUCUGUGCGGAGAUAUUCAGAGCAUGCCAGCAGCAUUGCAUUUUCAUACUGGCCUCAGUGAAAUGUUACGAUUCUUUGUUAUUCGUUCAGAAUAUUCAGCACUGUCUAGUGAGAUUGAUCUUACUUCGUUGCGAGUGGAAUGGCGGUAGGAUUUGAGUUGCACCCAAAAUGUCUCUUAAAUUGAUUAUUUUGAUAAAUAUUUGCAUGCAAGUUGUGUUUUCGUUUACAAGUGGGAGUAUUCUGCUAUCAAGAUUUGAAAAAGAAAUGCAGUGUUAACACAUUUUUUUUUCUCGA